AUGCCAUGGAGGAUUCCGGUGACCCAGAGGGAGAAUUUUGAGCAGCUGCCAUGUCCGAAGGUCUUGCCGUCUCCGGGCAGUUUGGCUGCUCAAGUUGCGGUUUGUGGCCUCACAGUCCAGCGAGCGCAAAGAUGUAAGCGCCCUCGAUGGGGAGCAGCUGUAGCUGAAGAGGUUCUGAGUACACCUCCUGCACAGGCAGAAGGUGAAGCGGUUGUUAUAUGGCUGCACGGCCUCGGCGAUACGGGACAAGGUUGGUCGACAACUGCUCCAGCUCUGCAGCAAAUGGGUUUGCCCAUGUUGCGGUUUCUCUUUCCUACAGCACCGCUGCGAGGCAUCGGCAGCAAGGGGCUGCGGCACUCUUG